AUGGCAUUACUUGAGCCAGUUCCUGAUUUAGUUAUUGGAAGAACAAUGAAAGAUGUUGAGGGUGCUGAAUUUUAUGCAAUUGACGUGAUUGGACUGGGUGAAAUGAUGGGGUAUAAAGUAGAACAACACAAUAUAACAACUACCGAUGGAUAUUUAUUAAAACUAUUUCGAAUACCUGAUAGCCCAAAAUUAUUAAAUCAAACUAAAAAAAAACCAGUUGUAUUUCUUGGAAAUGGAAUGGCAGCUACAUCAGACGUUUGGUUAAUUCGUGGAAAAAAUAGAAGUUUGGCAAUACAGCUAGCUGAUGAGGGAUAUGAUGUCUGGAUGGCAAAUUAUCGUGGUACCACAUAUGGACGUGCUCAUGUAAAACUAUCACCAGAUGAUAGAAAAUUCUGGGAUUUCAGCCAGCAUGAAAGUGGUAUCUAUGAUUUUCCAAAUUCAAUAGACUACGUUUUAAAUGUAACAAAUGAAUCAUCAUUAACUUUUAUUGGUCAUUCAUUGGGAACAACAACAAUAUUUAUAACUUUAUCUGAAUUACCACAAUACAAUGAUAAAAUUAAUUUACUUAUAAUGCUUGCACCAGUGUCUGUUUGGACACAUCAAUCACCACUUAGAAAAUUAGGUCCUGUAUUUUCAAAUAUACUUCAGAAUUUAUUAGAACCAAAUGGUACAAUUGAACUUAUUCCACAGAGUUCAGCUCUUCCCGCACUUUUUAAACGUAUAUGUUUUCCAAAUAAUAUUUUUGACUUGUGUUUUCUUCCUUUUGAUUUACUCCUCGGCAAAGAUCACUAUCAACUUGACAAAAAAAAUUUUGUUGCCUACAAUUGUCAUUAUCCAGCUGGUGUAUCUGCAAAAAUGAUGUAUCAUUAUUUUCAAUCAAUGGAAUCAGGUAAAUUUCGACAGUGGAAUUUCAACAAUGAUUUUGAUAAUAUUAAACAUUAUGGACAAUCUGAACCACCAGAGUAUAAUUUAAAAAAUAUUAAAUCACCAAUGAUAAUUUAUUUUAAUCACAUUGAUUUUGUAACAGCAAUUGAUGUAAAAAAACUUGUCAAUGAUCGUAUUAUUUCACGACUAAAUCAAUUUAAAAAUUUAAUAAUUAUUGAAUUCUCAUUAACAGUUUAA